CUGUAGAGUACCAUCCCGCGGUAGCUGUCUAGACUACUACACGGACCCAUCUGUAACUAACCAACUACCUGUGUCACUUCCUCUCCUCCAAAUGCACACACACACCCCACACACCCACCUUGUCCAAUGCAUCAACACACUGCACCCACACGCCCACCCAACCGUCCAUCCAUCCAUAAAGAGCACAGCGGCACGGCACACACACGAACGAAAGACAGACAGACAGACAGACAAAGAGGCCACCAUAGACACACAGAGAGAGAGAGAGAGAUAAUCGACACCAACACAAUACAAAGAAAGCUGAAACCACCGAUCUGAUCAACGGAUGUGUCGCUUCGUCAGCCGCCCAUCAUCAUGAGCAGGUCGUCUCCAUACUCACAGUCCGGCUCCCACAGGGCCGCGGAGCCCCCCGGCUGCAGAGGGGUGUCGCCCUCCUCCUCACUCUCCUCAUCGCGACCAACCACGCGACGGCCAUCCACCACCUGCAUGCCCGUCGACGAGAACGGAUUCGCUGCUGCUGCUGCUGGUGGCAAUGGAGCAGAAGCUGCCGCAGCAGCAGCAGCAGCAGCAGCAGACGAUGACGAAGAGGAGCAUGGUUGCUCUUCUGGUGGUGGCAUGAGUGGUCCGACGUCGUUGUGGCCGAAGAGCAUCUCAAGGUCUUCGUAGGUGAACCACUGACAGACACCACAGAUGAGCAGCAAGGGAUGCUCCUUUAUGCUGCUUCCCUCGUGGUGCAAACAUACACACACACGCACCUGUUGCUUGAGAUGUCUGGCGGGGUUCUGUGCCGCCUGCGAUCCGGCGGCCCCCACGCCCUUCUUGGACACAGACAUCCGCCGACGCGUCAUCGUCAUGCCGCCAUUGUUGUCUUCAUCGCCCCCAGUCGGCUCGUCAUUCCCCCCGGCAGCAGCAGCCGGGGUGCUGGUGAAGUCCUUGAUGCGCCUUUCGAUGGUGUCGGCGAUGAAGUAGCGCCAGACGUGUGAGCGGCGCCUCUGGCCCAUCCGGUAGAUGCGGCCCACGGCCUGUGCCUCGUCGGCAGCACUCAGCUGCGGCUCCAGCAGCACCACGUGGUUGGCCACCGUGAGGGUCAGCCCACGACCGGCGUGCUGACAGACAGACAGACAGACAGACAGAGGGACAUGGACAGGAGCGUGAUGGUGUCUGUCUGGUGUGGUUUUUGGUGUGUACGUGCAGGUUGCAGACGAGCACGCGGAUGUCAGGGUUGAGCAGGAAGGCCCUCAGCGACUCCUCCCUCUUGGCUCGAGUGCUGCCUGCACACACCACACCACACAUAUGCCCCUGCCAUCCAUCUCCGUCUCUCCCUCCCUCUCAGUUCUCAGUCAGUCGCUCGGUCCACUGACCCCCGUAUCUGACGAAUGGGAGGCUGUUCUUCCGCAGCGCAAAGCACAGGAUGUCGAGCACCUCAUUCCACGACGAAAACACCACCACCUUGCCCUCCUCCAUCUCUCCGGCCUCAACCUCACCCUCCCUCUCCCUCUCCUUGCCCAUAUCGACAAGUGUCUUGACGCGCCGCAGGACGCCCUCGAUCUUGGUGCCCCACGAGCCGUCGAUCGACACGCGGCUGUCUGCUGCAUCUUUGCCGUUGUCGUCGGGUGAGGGCGCGUUCAUGGUGAUGAAGGCGAUCUGCGAGCGGGCCGCCUCGUGCCGGCACACAGGGCACUUGAUGGACACACGACGCUCGCGAUUCAACAGCUCUGACCACACAAACACAGACACACACAGGGGGAGGCAUCUUGAUCUGUCUGUUUGUUGGCCGUGUGUGUGUUGUGUCCUUCCUUACCAGUGGUGCACUUGACGCAGAGUCCGUGUCCGCAGGGGAAGAGCGCCUGUGCGGCCUCGCACGCCGCCAUGAUGAGCGCCUCCUGGCACACCGGACACCGGUCGUCCUCCUCACCCUCACCACCACCACCGGCACCACCACCCACAUGAGCGUCUCGCUCGACAGGUGAGGGGCUCGGGGACGGCUCUGCCAUGUUGAUGUCGGCGUCGACGCGAGAUGACGACGAUGCAUUUGGGCUGGGGGCGGGGUGGUGUGGGUGUGGGUGUUGGUGGUUGUGUCUGUUGUGGUGCGAGGCCUGCCGCCGCUGCAGGUGGCGGAGGAACUUGUGCUGCGCCUUGAGGCGGGCCAUGGUGCUCUUGGCCUCGGCGCGCUCGCUCUGAUGACGCAGACCAACAUGCACCACACGACACACACGGAGGGAUGGACAUGUGUCAUUGCUUGGGCUAUGGUGGGGUGUGUGCGUGUGUUCGUGUGUGUCCUCCCUACCAGCAGCUGCAUUUCCACGUAAGGCACUCUGACAGGCUCCAGGUUCCACAGGGCCUCACGACGGGCGGCCGCAGUCUGGGGGCCACUGAACCAACACAGGGAGACAGACAGACAGGCAGACAGACAGAGAGGAACACACAGGCACACGUGUGUUGGUCGGCCUUCUUUGUGUGUUCUGGGGAUCCAUCCCUACCCGAGCUCCUUCUCCUGCCGGAUCUGCUCAGGCGUCUUGAGCCGAAACCUGCACACACAGAUGGAUGGAUGGAUGGAUGGACACACAUGCGGUGGAGGCAGGUGUGUGUGUGUGUGUGUGUGUAGGUGCGCACCUGAGGCAGCACAUGUUGAUUUCGUCGUAGCUCGACAGCAUGUCGCGCGAGGCGUUCCAGAACCGACGGCUGACCAGCAACUCCUGCGCAGCACCAAAUGCAAUGGCAGGUGGUCCAACACUUGUGCGUGUCUGUAGGUGUGAUGGACGUGCCUUCUUGAUGAGCUGCAGCUCCUGCAGGUGGCCGUCGGCGACCCUCUCUAAGUCACGGUCGUAGUGACGCAGCUCCCUGACAGGCACAGGCAGACACACAGAUAGAUGUGCCAACACACCACACAGUCCGUCCGCCGUGUUGUGUGUGUGUGUGUGUGUGUUGUCCUAUUAUCCAGGUAGGUAGGUAGGUACCUCUUGAGCAGGUUGAGUAUUUGUAUGGUGAUGGAGUCGCCGUAGGCAUGGACGUCCCCCUGGAGGGCCUCGCCCACCAUCCGCUUCUCCUCAAAGAUCGAGAUGCCCUUGUUGAUCACCGAAUACAACUCGCGCUCCAACCUGCACACACACACACACACACACAUGUGGCGUCCUCUCUCUCUCUCUCUCUCUCUGUGUGUGUGUGUGUGUGUGUGACCUGUCGAAGAUGGGGUUGGCUUUGCAGUGGUCGCACUCCGGCCCCUCCCGCUCGAUGCGGCACUUGGAGCAGUUGGCACUCCUCUCUAUCACAAGGCUAGAGGGCUUCCCGGGAACAUCCAAACGAGUCACCGCCUGCAGCACACACACACACACAGAGAGAGAGAUGGGAGGAUGGCUUGGUGAGGUGGGGUGUGUGUGUGUGUGUGUGUGUGGUGGGCGUGCCUUGAUGACGUUGUCUCUGCAUUCGUAGAGAGUGUUGACGUCGCUGGUGAGGGAGUAGAAGACCUUCUUAAGGGUGCCGUACUUCUGGCUGCGCAUCUGCAGCCCCGCUACCGUGUUGGCGCCCAUACCGCUCGACCCGCCCUCGUGCAUCAGCACGUCGUGCACCCUGCACACACCACACACACACACACACAACACAUGCAUGCCUUUCUCUGUGUGUGAGUGUGGGUGACUGACUUGGACAGCAGCGUGUCCUGUGCACUCGUGCCAGGGUUAAGGAAGAUGUCGAAGGCGCCCCACCAGGUGUCCAUUUUCUUGUCCCGCCGGCCCUGCUUCGACUCGUCGAUCCUCUUGCGAUACUCCUCGAACUCCCGGCGCGUCGUGUCCAGCUUGUGCCGACUCUGGGGCGGGCACACACACAGAUGCACACACACACAAAGGGAUGUAUCGGUUGUACGAUCGGCGGGGACCUCGUGAGGCGGUGGGUGGGUGGGUGAUAUAACCUUGGCGAGGUACUGUUCUUUGAGGGCGUUGGCUUUGUCCUGGUGUGUGUGGUCCUGCAGGGUGUGGCCGAUGUCGCCGAUGUGGCGGUGGCCACUCGCGGCCUUGCCCGGCAGUAUCUCGUGCAACACCUGAAGAUCCAACGACACACACACCACACACAAACACACACACACACACACACAGAGACAGAGAGAGAGAGGGGUGCAGGUGUGUGUGUGUGACACGUGUGUGUGUGCACCGAUCGCAUCACUGCCCUCCCCCUUGUGUGUGUGCAGCGAGUGGAGGAAUCGUGUGGCGUGCCGUGUGGUGUGCGCAGCAGGGCUGGAUGCCGCAAGCGUAGCAUGUGUAAGGCUGCUACCGACACCUUUAUUAUUGCUGCGGUGGGGUCGGCCAUCUCUCUCUCUCUCUGUCUGUGUGUGUGUGUGUGUGUGUCGUGCGAUGCAGUGCCUCCCACCUCGUGUAGGUUUUCCAGUGUGUGGAUGCGCUGCAGCGCGUCAACACGGAAGCAGGACCUGUCCUCAGUCGCUGCCGUCUCCAACACAUGCCUGCAUCAAUCACCACAAGAUGACACAACACAACACAUGUGGGGGUGGUCGGUCGGCGGGCGGGUGCGGUGCUUCAUAGCUUUCAAUCUCUCUCUGUGUGUGUGUGUGGGUGACCUACCGGUAGUGUUCGAUGGCGUCUUUGAGUUUGUCCUGGAGCAGUGCGAUGCCGCCCAGCCCGUUGGUGUUGGCCGUGUAGACCCGUAGCUGCUCCUCUACCUCCACCUGCACCACAGACAGACAACACACACACAUCCCCAUCACACCUUCCCUCCCUCCCCCUCUCUCCCCCACCACAACACUCCUACCUUUGACUUCUGGAUCAGUUUGUCGAGCACGUCAUCCAUCGACAUGAACUGACCCGCCGUCCCCGUAGCGCCGUCCCCAUCGUCCAUACCACCACCACCAGCACCGGACCCCCGUCGCUUUCGCUUGCUGCCUCGCCGGCCGCCCCUGCCUCUGCCUGUGCCCCUGGUCAUGUUGCGCAGCCCCAGUGCGCCGAUCUGUGGGUGGCAGCACGCCUGACGCAGCGCCAGGAUGUAGCUGCGAAGCUGAUCCGUCUUCCUGAGAUAGACCAGAGAGAGAGAGAGAGAGAGAGACAAGGUGCGGAGGAUGGAUGGGUGUGGUGUGCGGGGGUAGGGGAGGGGGUGCUCUACUCACUUGUCGAUGGGCAGCUGUUCGGUCUCGAUGAGCGCCGCAGCCGCCUUGCGCCGCUUGUCGAACACCUCGCGCACCUUCUCGAGGACCUUCUCGUGCUGCCGCUGGUAGAAGAACCGCUCCACCGGCGAGAACUGCAGGAACACGUCGUGCCGCUCCAAAGGCGGCAGGUCCAGCUCUCCGGCCACGUCGGCCUGCUGCGUCCGCCAGAAAAGGGGCUGCAUCAGCGUCAGCACUCGGUCCAGCACCACACCCACCACACCCCACCGCGCGUCGCUGGCAUGCACAAAGCCGUCGCUCUCAUCCGGCGCGGCCGUCAGAGGCACGGAAGCGGUGGCAUUCUCCCCUUUGAUCAAUGGCAGCGAGGGCAUCGUCUCGAGGGCGGCGAGCUCGUCUUCCUCCCUCUCCCUCCUGUCACGCUCGCGCAUCUCCUUCUGCCGCCUCGCCUCCUUGUGGCGCCGCAACGUGGCGAGCCAGUCCUCACCCUCACUGAUGGGUGCAUAUGGCUGCGAGUUGUCGUACACACGGCAGGGGGAGGGAGAGGGAGAAGGGGAGGGAGGGUCGAGCAUGUCGUCGUCUUGUGGCUGGGACGGAGGUGCUGGCUGCUGGGUGUUGGCUGGUGUGCGUGUGGGUGUGGGAGUGGGGAGGGAGGGGGGCACGGGCAGCACCGGGGUGAACCGCUGCGGCAGCUCCGACUUCAGCGGCUCCACAAACCGACUGAACAUGCGAGCCCCUUCCCCGAGGAAAGGCAUGGUUGGCCUCUGCAGAGCCAUGAGCAAGCCGGGUAUGUCAGCCGACAGGUGGUUGACGAUCGGCGUGCCGGUGACGCACCACCGGAGGUGCGACGACAGCUUGGAGCACAUUUCCGCCGCGCGAGUGUGGCCCUCCACCAUCUGUGCCUCGUCCAAGACCACUCGGUACCACUCCACCUGCAACAGUGGCGUCGGGAUGGAACGAUGCCGCUUCGCAUACCUAUAUAUGAGACACACACACCGACAGACAUCCAAUCCACUGCUGAUGAUCUGUGUGGUGGUUGGCCAGCCUAAGCGACCGACCGACCGACCGACCUCAUCUGCCUCUUGGGUGGCGGCUGGUAGUGGAUGUCGUCCCGGAGCGUCUCGUAAGAGCACAGCACGACGUCAUAGUCGCACAGCUGCUCAGGCCGGGUCACCACACAGUGCAGGUCGUCGUCAUGCCAGUCGCCAGAAGCCAUCAUCAAGGUGGUAGUGGCGUCACCGUGGGUGUCCGGCUGCCGGCGCCUCCGCACGCUGCUGCGACGCCUCUUGGACCGGCGGCGGCGCCGGCCGCCGACAUCGCUGACAUCGCCAUCCUCAUCGGCAUCAUCGGAGUCGCUCUCUUUUGCCAACUUCAGCAGCCGCUGCUCCUUGCGAAGCUGAUGGAUGGAUGGAUCAAGGCACCACAACACAUAGACAGAAAGUGAGAACGGUUUCGCUCUCUUCUCCCUGUCUGGUGCGGCUACGGUACCCGUUUCUUGAGGCGGUCUCCGACGUUGUGCACGCUCGUGUAGACGAGGGCCUUGAUGGCGCCGGGCUCGGUGUGUUUGCGGAUCUCUCUCAUCCACUGGGUACUGAUGGACGCGGGGGUGACGAUGAGGGUGGCCCGGACGGGGAGCGGCGGGGAGGUCUCAGCCGUGCACGCCGCACACACGUAUUCUUGCUCCGUGUCGCCCUUGCUGGGGGAGGGGUCAAAGCCCACACAGAGACAGUGGAACCACGCCUCGCACCUGCAGCACACACCACGCAGAGCACAGGUGGAUGGAUGGAUGGAUGGAUGCGGCGAAGUGUGUCUGGCGGCGCUGCGUACCUGUCACACUGGACCCACUGCCCCUCAUAUGCCUCCGAGUCCUCGCCGCAGGGACAGCCAAAGCCCCAGUCGUCAUCCUCGACCUCGCUGUCCCACAGGGGCGGCACAUUGGCGGGCGUCACAUCCACAUCCACACUGCCACUGGCGGAGUCAGACGCCUCCACCUUCUCCCGAAAUCGCCGCAUCAUGGCCUCAAACUGCUCCGUCCGGUAGUCGUCCUCAUCGCCGUCGUCAUUGGCAUGCCUCUCCUCUGCGGCCCUGCUCCGUGUCUGCACCCGCCCGCCAGCCGUUGCCUCACCGGCGCCACCAGGCUUCACACGCUGUAGCCGUAGCUGCGCUUGCUCGGCUGACCGCCGCCCCGCGCCGCCCGCAGGGUGGUUGUCGCCAUUGCCGUCCCCCCCGCUGCCCCUCGGCACCCCCGACCCAUCCACCGCCACAUCGUGCCUGAAGCGCUUCACGUGCGCAUCCCUGCCGCCACCGUGCCCCACCCGAUGCGGAGACUCACUGCCCCGCCUCUCGGCACGCCCUUGCUGCUCUGCCAGGGGUGGUGCCGUGGCUGGCGAUGGCUUGGGGUUGGCGAGGAUGAGGGCAAUGACCUCGGCGGUCUUGCCCAAGCCCAUCUCGUCGGCAAGGAUGCCCCCCCUCACCGCAUAAGUGACCGCCGGCGGUGCGCUGCGCCGCACCGCGCCAUUGACCAUAUGCACAUACAGCGGCCGACUGGACAGCGCCCCUCGCACCAGCACCCAGUAGGGGUCGGGCACUCCGAUGGUCUGCUCGGCGCCGUGUGUCUCGCGGAAGACCAUCCACUGCACCGCCCGCUGCUGGUACGGCCGCAGCUGACACGUGAGGCCCGUGGGGGCCACAAAGGGCUGCACCGCCGCAGCGUGCCCCUGCGAUGAGGCCUCGGCGGCGGUCAUUGGCGACGGCGAAGGGGAUGGCACUGGGGGAGCGGGGGGAAGCGGGAGGGACCUCAGUGCGUUGUACAAGUAUGAAGCGUCGAGGUGAAAGACGGGCUCGUUCUUAGCGAUGGCCGGUGCGCUGAGGACGGGGGCGAAGAUGUCCUGAAAGAACUCGAGCAGCUUGGAGCCGCCGGGAGGGGUGGGCGGAACGCCGGUCGGGACCUCAGAGUCCUCCAAGACGGCGAAGCAGUUGCGCGUGAGCCCGACAGCCACCGUGAUGAUGGCGUCGCCUCCUUUCCGCGCCUUCUUGGCUCCCUCACCAGCCGCCCCAUCCCCUGUCUGCUCCUCAUGCGUGUCGUCGGCCAGAGGCUCGUCUUCCAUGGCGACCCUGGCCUCCUCCACUCUCCCCCUGAUGGCCAGCGCACCCUUCGUCUGCAGAUACUGCAGCAGCCGCACACGCGCAAUGGUGGCCGAGGGCGUGAGCGAGUGCGCCUGCACGUCGCGAUGGGCCACGGGAUUGCCCUCUUGGUCGUAGAGGGUGAACGAGGCAUAGCCCUUCUUCUCCUUGGUGCGCUCGACUCUGACGUUGUAGACGGGCUGGUCAAGCUCCCUGCUGCCCUCGUCGCGCAGGAAGGAGACCCGCGGCCACUCGAAGAGAGGGAAUGAUAUGUCGAGCCACACCUUGACAGCAGCGGUCGGCCGCUUGAGCCGGUGCCGGGUCUUGGGCGGGGAGGCCGGCAGGGCAUACUGCUGAUUCGGGUCGCUGGACCGAAUGAACUUGAGGCUGACCGGCAGUUUAGUGAGGGCGCCGCCGCCCCGCUCCGACGAGGCCUGGCUGGCCGACACCGUCUCGAUGUUGAUGUCCACAUCGUCGAGCGUCCACCCGGACCUCUCGGAUCUGUCGGCGGGGUCCACGCGCUUCGGCACCGCCUUCUGCCGACCCAUGAGUCAGUCAGCUCGAUGGAGAGGCAGACUCAGGCAGUAACAAUCAAUAACUACUUCUAUCAAAGAUCAGGUCGCCAAUGGGACAGCCCAUGACGCCGCAUGUCUAAUCACUCCCGCACGUCAAGUUCGAAG